GGAAAAACGGAAGAUUGGGUAUUUUGGGUUAAACAACAGUGUGAAUAAAUUUUCUAGUUUUAAGACAUAACAAUAAAAUGAGGCUAUCUUAGCUAUAUUGCAAUAUUUUUUUAAAGUGACAAAAAGGACGUCUUAUGAAAACAUGGUUAGUUUUCUUUUUCUAUAUCGUAAGAAUUAAUUUAAUCGAGACAGCCACUAUAUCUUAUUCAACAUUCCUUGGGAUAUGGAAUUGUUGAUGUUGAUGUUGACUCCAACAUUUUAAUGUAAAUGCAUUUAGUGACGAAAACUAUUUCCUUGAUUUUCUCACUGAAUAUAAACAAGUUGUCACCUCCCCAACUCAUAUAUCAGGUUUACUUAUUGACCAUAGCUAUCUAUAUCCAUGAGAAUGUUCUCAAAACCUUUGUCCUCAAAACGUCGAUAUCCUUGUCCGAUAUCUAUUUUAGUUAGUUUUCUUUUUGAAUUUUUAACCUUGUACUUUGGUUGCAGAUAUUACAUGCAUCGCGUUUUUGUUCUCUGAGGAGAGUCUUGCCAUGUAUGAUGAUGGAGCAAAUCUUCCAGUCAUCGGCUUCUUGUCUUCUGUGCGCUUCUAUCGUCAUGGCUACCCUUUCUUUUAAGUGACUUUUUGGUGAAAUACAAAUCAAGAAUAUGCUUUUUAGGUGCAGGUUGCAAAUAAUAAUCUGGACAGUUCUGGAUGAUGCUGUUGACUCGAUUGCUUGUUGAUGGCAUAUAAAAUCAUAAUCAUUCUCAUGGGAUGAAUGGAUUUGUAGGUGGGAUGGGAAAAGAAAUUGUCUUUUAUUAUGACAUUAUCUGUCCUUAUGCCUAUCUGGCAUCAAAGCUUAUAAAGGAUGUGGCUCAAAGGAAUGGUGCAAAGCUGGUAUGGAGACCUGUAUUAUUGGGCGGAAUUUACAAAAGUACUAAACUUGCGACAACAAAUAUUCCUGAUAACAAAUUAAUAAAAUCUUAUUCAGAUCAGAAAAGAAGGAUUCUUGCACAAGAUUUAGCAAUUCUUUAUGAUCGAUACAAAGUACCAAUUUCAGCAUUUAAAGCUCCUGACAUUCAAACUUUAAAUGCUAUGCGGCUGAUAGCUUCGACACCUAGUGAAUCAGAUGCAGUUCGAGAAAAGUUAACACAUGUAUUGUUCGAUGCAAUUUGGUUACACCAAAAUGAUGUAAGCGAUCUAACGAUCUUACAAGGUAUUGCAGAUUCCGCCUUGUUGAAUGUAAAUGUCAACAAUCUGGUUAAUGACAAGCUGAAUCCUGCUCGAGAGAUUUUAGUGAAAAAUACGGAAGAAGCAGUUAAACGUGGUGCCUUUGGUGUCCCAAGCAUGUGGGUAAAUAACCGACUGUACUUUGGCAGUGAUCGUCUGUUUAUGGUUGAAAAUGAGCUUGGUAACAAAGCUGCUAAACCACACCGUUUACUUUCGAAGAGUAAUGUUGAAAAAGCCAAACUGACAGUAUUUUUAGAUUUCUCCAGUCCAUGGACGUAUUUAGCAAUGAAACAGAUUCCUGCACUAUUAAGAAGUGUUUCUCCAGUAGAGGUGGAGGUUGAGUAUGUUCCUGUUGUAGUUGGUGUUAUUUUUCGUGACAUUGGAACUCCCAUGGUUCCCCUGUAUACAAUGGGUGAGAACAAGAGGAAUUACCAGAUUCAAGAUUUUAAUGAUUGGUUAAAAUAUUAUGGCAUAAAAAACUUUCAAUUUUCAAGUCACUUCCCACUGCGAACAUUGCUACCACUUCGCGUCUCCAUAGUAAAUCCAGAGUUCAAAAUGAUGGAGAAUAUAAUGGAUGCUAUAUGGUGCGAAAAUAAAAACGUAUCGGAUGAACAGGUGCUUAGUGAGAUUUUGUCUUCCUCUGGAUACGACGCAGAGCAGCUUUUGAAAGACGCUCAAGCUGAUGAAAUCAAACUGAAACUACGACAAAACACCCAACGGGGAUUGGACGCCGGUAUAUGUGGUGUUCCUAGUUUUCAAGUUAAUGAUGGCCCGGUUGUUUUUGGACAAGAUCGUAUGAACGUUCUGGCGGAUAUGUUGCUGGGUUGGAAGUUUGGAUUAAAAGGAAAACUUCAAGGAAGUAAAUUAUAAAGAUGAUUGGAAAAAAGAAACACUAACAUUGGUGAUAUUGCAAUGUCAUAAGGAACUGUUAACAUCCUGGAAGAUUUUAUCCGAGCAGUUACUGUAACUAUAAUACAAUAACGCCAGGAUAGGUAAAGCGAUUCGCUUUUCAGCCACAUAAAGCAAUUAUCGUCAGCUCCAAAUAGGUUUAAGUGGUUAAAUUUUGGUGAGUAUUUAAUUUGGCGAAUGACCAAAAUCGAAUAUGUAGCGGGGGAUUUAAUUUGACGAAUGAUCAAUUUUAUAAAAUUUGGCCAGUAUUUAAUUUCGCCAAUACAAAAAAAUGUUUAUUUUAGCGGGGAUUUAUUUUGGCGAAUGACACAAAAAAAAUGAAUUUUUAUGUCUUGGUAUGUUUUAUAAAAAAUAAGAAUAAACGUAUAUAUAAACGCAAGCUUUGUUUUAGAGUUAAAAAUUUAUACUUUAAAACUUGUGAAUAUAAAAAAAAGUUUGUUUUUUUGGGGGAAAAAAAUUUUUCUUUUCUAAAUUAAAAAAAAACUUUAAUUUGGCAGGGAUUAAAUUUGGCGAACGGUAAAUUAUGUUAAAUUUGGCGAAUAUUUAAUUUGGCGAAUGGUCAGUUAUCAAAAUUUUGGCGGGUAUUAAAUUUGGCAAAUUUCGCCAAAUACAAUCUUCGCCAAAAUUUAUCCACUUAAGGUAUAAGAUCUCCUUCAGGAAUUUAAGAUAUUAGCUUUUAUAAAAACAUGGCGAAAAUGGUGCUGUCAACUUCCACAGAAAAAGUGUUUUUAAUUUAUACGUAGCCACAUUUGGGCUCUUUAUAAAGAGCUUUAUCAAGUCAGCAGAAGAGGAAUCACGACGUAGGAAUCAUUUGCGAAUUUCAAUUGUCUUAAAUAUCAUGUUUUGGCAAAUUUCCGGAAAAAAUUAAUUCAAAGUGAUUUUAUUGGAUCAUUUUCUGAAUUAUUGUUUCGAUAGUUAUUCGCAUGAUUUCUAAAUCGUAAUAAUAAUUAUUUAGAGACACAUAAAUAUAAUAUAUAAGCAAAAACAAUUUGAUAUAAAAACUUUCUUAUUUCUCCACAAUUUAGAAACAAUUUACCUUGAAAUUUGGCUAAAAGAAUCCUCCCGCUUACUAUCGUCUUCAAAUGUGUUUUCAAAGUAAAAUUUAUAUUUAGAUGUGGAACACACAGCUUCUAGUUUCGGCUGAAAGCUCGUAAAAAUUCCUGAUCUUCUGAGAUUUAAUUGAACAUAUUAUGCGUGUCUCAGACGCGGUUAGUAAAAAUUGACGCUUAAUCCGCUACUUUAAAUAAUUGCAUAGCUCAGGUUUGAAAAAGAUCUCUUUUUGAUCUUCUUUGUCAUGUAAAUACUUAUAUUUUUAUACUUCGUUAUGCUAAUAAAUAUAUCAUUUUUAGCCAU